AUUUGGUUAUAAUUUGAAAGUUUGAGUGGGGAAUUGAUUCAACUGAUUAAUGAUAAAUAAUUCCAUUUACAUUAUUUUGUUUAUUAAAUUUGUUAAUAUUAUUGUGUAUAAAUUAUUUUAAGUUGAUUUGAACACAUUUUACGUAUGUUUAUGUAAGUUUAUUCAGUUGAACCAAGCUCAUUGGUUUCCUGAAUACCAUGCUAUAAAUAGCAAUGUUAUCUCUAUUUAUGAUAAAUAAACACGGGUGUUUAAUUUAUUAUAAAUGUUUGAGUGGUAACGAUACUUUGAAUUCUAAUGAUAUAAUUCGAUUAGCAAGUACUUUACACGGCUUGUCAACCAUCUCCAUCAAAUUGUGCUCCAACAACCACAACAACUCAAUCAUUCCCUCUCCUAAAGGAAUAACAAAUAUUGAUUCGGAUUAUUUUCGUCUACAGUGCCUGGAAACCUUAACAGGUACUGAUCUCAGGCUGUGUAUAUUUAUGAUAUGUGAUUUGAAUGGACCUUCGAAAGGUCAUUUGAAUGUGAUGUUGAGUUAUAUUUACGAGUUGUAUUCGGAUUAUGUUCAAAAGUGUCCCUUCCACAAAGUUGACAUGCCCAUACGCUCCAAACUUUUCGACGAACAAAUCAACUCAUACUUCAAGGAUUUCAUCUAA